GAAAUAAGUGAGUAGUGAAUUAAGAGAGAGCUGAAUGUCAGACGACGUAACCAUUUUAGGUUCUUGUCCUCCAUUUACGCACAAGCUCAAAUCUCUCUCUCGGUACAGUUGAAAAGUACGUUUCUGUCUUUCAGAGUACCUAUCCUCAACGUGUCCCCCGUCAACGACGUCCCUGUACCCAUAGUCCUGCCAGGAGUAGUUAAACUUCUCCAGGAGUUUUAUUCUCUGGUCUCGACUGGAGGACACACAGUCAAUUGGAGGUUUCUCUACAAGCCCAGGAGCAAGGAGACCGUUGAAGAUUAGCACACCACGGAGUGCGAACCACCCUCCGUAUUUAGGGUGAACCGACACCCCAUACAUAGGGCUCUCUUGGCUCCACGGUUGUGGAUCUACAUCCGUUCUCUGAUAGUAGUAGGCAGCACCGGAGACGUGGCCCGCAGUCUGGACCAGAAUCCUCGGUCGUCUGCUGGGCAGCAAGUCAGAGUCUUGGACGAACUCGACCUUGUACUCUGUGGGGAAGUGUUUGGAUGUGUCUUUCAUUGCUGCUCUGAUGCAAGCAUCCAGCGGGUCCACCUUCUCAGUCGUGAAACUCUCCUCCAUGAGAAAUGGAAGGAAGAGCUUCUCGAACAUGGCCGGGGUGCUGACUACUAGAACGGCCAGGGUGUCGUGGUGGAGGGGAAAGCGGAAAGCCUCCUCGACCUUGGCAUUGUACCAGCCCAUCUUGUACGGGUGCACCUCCAGUCCCAUUCUCCCGGCGUCUCCUCGAAGCCUAGUCAUCACUGCGUCCACGGAAGCAGCGUCUCGGGCAUCAGUUGAACAUGUCUUCACAGAGCUCUCCAGCAUUUUGGCUUGCUCACAGUCCCAAGUUGAGCUCAGCUGUGUCGAGAGUGCUGAAUCAGCACUCUCGCAAAAGAGGGCGGAGUUCAUCGUGCCGUCCAUCCACUGCCCACUCGUUUCUCUGCGCUCCAUGGCCCCUGUUGCGUCGCUGUUUCUUCUCGCUGGGGUGGAUCGUCGAACGAGGAAGUACCCUGAUUCCUCGUAGAAGAGAGCCACCGGCCCAAGUGUUUUUCCUUCAGCCGGAUGUUUUCAGCUGCCGCGGAGCUGGAGAUGGAGCCGCACGCCCACAGACCCCACCUCUGUCUUCACGUCUUUGGUAGCCGUGGGUCUGGAAAGACCACCUUCAAGGGCCAGUGGCUUGGUAGCUCCCACUCUCAGCCACUCGCAGAGAUUGCCGACGUUGAAAUAUCGAUUUCGGUAAAUUACAGACUGCGGUGGAACUCCUGUAAUUAUGACACUAAUAGGACCAAAUUAUCUUAUUUCUGGGGUUGCAAGAAAUGUUCUUAAGUGUCCUUAUCAGAGAGGUGUCCUUACAUCAAGAGAGGGGUUCCACUAGGAGAAAGGGAGUAGGAGAGAGUUUGCAAGGGAAUUAAUAAAGGGGAAGAACUGUUCUUGGGGAAACAAAGUGUCCUUAUCAGAGAGGUGUCCUUACAUCACGGGUGUCUUUAGGGAGGGGUUCCACUGUAUUUUGUAGGAGAAAGGGAUUGUGAGAGAGUUUGAAGGGGUGGAGAAAAGUGACUGAAGCAGGUGUAUAUAUGUAUGUGUGUGUCCAUGUGUGUGGUUGCUAAGCAGUGAAGAGUCAGCAAAAAAAUUGGCAGGAACUAGCAAAAUUUUGGUAGAGGCCAGCAGAAAAUUGGGCAGAAAAUAGCAGUGUCGGAUCGUUGAGCAAGCAGGUCUCCUGAGAAUGAAUUGCAGAUGAACACCACUCAGCACAAUGAAUGAUGAAAAACGUUGCAACUCAAUGGCCCGUGUAAGCAAGCUAUGCACCUUGUGUGUGUGGCUUUAGAGCACAGCCUUUCCUUAGAUACAGUGGAACCGCCGCUAUCUAAGGACGUCCGCUGAAACGAGAACACGUUUAUAACAAGGACACCUUUUCUUUCCCCCAAGAACAGUUCUGCAUGCAAUCUGAGCAUAAGGACACCUUUUCUUUCCCCCAAGAACAGUUCUGCAUGCAAUCUGAGCAUAAGGGCACUUUCUUCUGACCGUCCCUUGGUGUAUGUAUGUACUUAGCAAGGAAUGCCUGACUUCAUAAUGACUCCAAUGCAAGAGACAUACAAUAAUACAUUAGCGUGUAUAGCGUGUAUGCACCCACUCUGUUGCCUGUUUUUGCUGUUGUUUUGACAUGUGCAGCAGCCCACACAAAAUAAUACGUGCACAGAGGCUAUAGUAGUGUAAGUAGUGGUUGUUGAUCCAAAAAUUUUGUAUUCGUUGCAGACACGUUUCUGUACUUUUAUACACAUCAUGUAUACAAGAGUACUUUGUUUUCAUGUAUUUUUUGGGGACGGUACGUCUACAUCUAUCUUUUUCUCUAAUUGAGGAGGGUGGUGUUGACUUGGACUCAACUCAACUGCCCACGACUGUUACGACUGAUGGCAUAACCGACCACGCCUUCCUAGUAAUCUACCGUUCUGACAGCCAGGAAAGCAUUCAGUACGCACUGAAAUGUCUUCGGAAACUGGACACCUAUUACGAGGCGAUUUCUCCGAAAGUCUCUGUUCUGGAGAACCACUUUGAGGAUGGCUUCCUCCCACGACACUCUGAGCCGUCGCAGCUGCCGCAGUUUCUGAGCGACAAAGUCCAAAUUCCGUGCAAAUUCUGGGCCGUCCGAUUUCAAAAUGGGACAGACCAACGGUUACUGGAGCACGUUAUCAUCACUCCUGUGAUGGAUCUGCUGAAGGAGGACCACAAAUCACUACUGAUUGCCACAGCCUGUUCCCAGGGGCAGCUGCAAGUCCUCCAACUGCUCGCUGGUCGCGUGGAGGAGAACGACACUGUCAGCUGGCUCAUCUGCGUCAUGUCCAGCCUCCAGAACCAGUCGCCUCACUCACCGCUCACUCCCAAACUCCUCCAAGUCGCCGACUACCUCCACAAUCUAGACCCCACCAUCUUCCUCUCCACCAUCGUCAGAAUGACAAGGACGCACGCCCUAGUCUCCCUCGAUCUCAUUAACAGGUUCCGACCGCAGGGGCACUCCCACGAUCACUUCGUCAAGAGUGGGCUAGCCCUGUUCUCCAUUCCCGUGUCUUGGUUCCAGAACGGAAACUUCACCCACAUAGACCUGAGUAACAACCUCCUGUUGGAGGUGCCGGACGAAAUGUUUAGAAUGUCGACACUCAAGGGCUUGAACGUCUCUCACAACUGUCUCGGUUCCGUACCAGAUAUCCUGAAAUGGAACUGCCCGUACCUCCGUGAGCUUAACCUCUCGUUCAACCGACUUGUGGAUACGAAAUACUGCAUUCUGAACCGUCCACGGAACAGGAGCGACCCUGGCAUGUCUGACGCAGGUGUUCCUGGUCGGGCCGAUCAGCAGGCGCAUUUCGACGAGGCCCGCAGACUCCAACAAUUGACGGGGUACAAUCUCUACCCCUGCAUUCAUUCCCUCAACUGGGUCAACCUGAGUAGCAACGCGACUCUCACCCAGAUCCCGGAGUGGGUCUGCAUCUUACCCCACCUCACCCUCCUCGAGCUCAAGAACCUUCCAAAACUCACCUCCCUCACUCCCUACCUCGCUCACUGCCGAAACCUCUGCAUUCUAAAGCUAGACAUCCACCAGUUAGUGUCACCACCGGCGAGAGAGGUUGCUAACAGCGGGACUAGAGGUAUAAUGGCUUAUCUACGCUGCCAAUUGAGGGGGUCUUCCCCCUAUCGUCAUCUUAAACUCGUCCUCGUCGGAGCCAAUGGGACAGCGAAGACAACUCUUUUCUCGCAGUUGGCCAAGUUGAAGUCGCAUCCACUGACUUCUUCCUCUCCUCAUCUCUCCAAGACUUUCAUGGAGCUUGCAACCCUCGAAUACCGCGGCGCGGGGAGGGAGGAAGGCGGGAGGAAAUCGCACAAGUUCCGACCGAAAAUCACCUUCCAUCUGAUCGAUUUUGCGAGCGAGGAGGUGUUCCAGUGUUUCCAUCAGUGCUUUCUCACCCACCGCACCCUCUUCCUGUGCCUCUGGGACGCGGCGAGAGGGGUCGAGUCUCUGCGCUCGCUCGGGCCUUGCCUGAGGAGCAUUCAAGCGUCGGCUCCCGGCUCCUCGGUUGUGGUAAUUGGUAGUCACAUUGACCAGCGCCCGGGGCUGAGUCGAGCGACCAUCUCCCAAUGGGAGAGGGAAGUUUUUGGAAACAGAGGGCAAGACGCAUACCCGCGAAACUCAGGUUUGCCGGUGGUGAGCGACUCGGUGGUCAUGAACUGCCAGAGCAAGCGAGACGUGGAGAAACUGAUGGAGAACGUAUAUCGCAUCGCUCUGCGUCUCAAACACCCGAGAACGCACACACCCCUGGUUGAAGAGAUGGUCCCGAGGUCUUACCAGGAGCUGCAGACACUGGUGGAGGUAAAACUGAGAGGUUUCCAGCGGAAGGGUCAGCAGGUCCCCGUUCUGCGUCGCGAGGAGUUCAUUGACCACGUUCGCUCGCUCACCCUCCAUCACGACGACCUGGAACAAGACGAGGAAGAGUUCUCUCUGGCGGUACAGUUUCUUCACGAGGCGGGCACCAUAGUUCACUACAGACCCCAUGUAGCGGGGGCGAGCGAACUCUACUUUCUGAGUCCCCAGUGGCUCUUCAACACCCUGGGCAUCAUCCUCUCUCACCUCAAAUCCUACUGCCGCAACGCCGUCAUUCCUUGCUCAAACCUCCCAUUUUCCUUCCAAAAGGCCAACAUACCUCCUCACUUAUACAGCCAGUUUCUGGGCCUUCUCGAAGAGAACAGUGUCGUAGUUCCUCUCGACAUGGAAAAGGGUCACCUUUUGAUCCCUUCCGUUUUGAGUCCAGACCCACCUCCUGAGUAUCCUUCGUACGAUUUCUCAGAGGAAACCGAGGGUUACCUCAUGCAGUAUGCUUACCUGGACUACCUCCCGAGCGGAUUUUUCCCCCGACUUCUGGCACGCGUGAUAGUCUGUAUCGGAAUGCUCUCGGGGCAGCUGCUGGCCGUGGGGAAAUCCCCUCUCGUUACCCCCAAUCGUCCGGGCAACGCCGUAAUGAAGCAGCACGGUGCUAGGUACAAUACCAUCCACCGGCUCGACGGACAAGGAUACGUCACGGAAGAUGAUGAAACAGCUUGUGGAGCCACCUCCGAGAAUCGACUGCGGGAAAAGAUUUGGGCGCUUUCCACCACCAAUCUCGCAACUUGGCCCAGUAGGCACCAGACGAUUAUGGAAAAAUUGGCCACCCUUUCCCGAGGACCAAUCUCACACGGAGAAGAGCUUCAUAGUAGGUCAAACGGUUCAUGUACAGUGGGCGAGAGGGAGAAUGUAGCUGACACCCAAGAGCACGAGGAAGAAGAAGAAGAAGAGGAAACAGAAGAAGAAGGAGGAGAAAGCCGGAAUGCUCUCGAGCUCGCAGAGAACGUUGUGUGGCAAAGGGGUCUACACGUGGAGUUUCCCUGCGGGACUAGGUUUUGGUUGGAGGCAUGCGAAGGUGCAGUGGCCAUGGUGGCGCAGGGUGGCCUGGUACAGAGGGUGAAAGUCAUCACGUUCCUCUCUGCCUGCCUGGACAUGCUCAUGGAAGAGCUCUACCCAGGAGUGAGACUCGUCUACUACAGUCCGUGUCCCUCCUGUCUCUCUCGCUACUGGUCGCGAAACCAACAAAACUCCGACUCUACAAGUGGAACCGAUUUUUUCCUCCCCACAUUCGCCAAGAGCGACUUCGAACUCUCGACCGAAGUAACGUCACUCUCUCUGAACGAGUUCAAAGAAACGGCGUCGUUCAAUCGACGCAACAGCAGCAGCGACCACGUCACCAUGGCCAAGAGUUUUUCCGGCUCGACUCUCAAACUCGAGCGUUCGCUGUCCCCGACAGACGAGGGCGACGAAAAGACGCUCACGACUAUGAACGCCGCCGGGGAAAUAAUCGAGGAAAUCCCGUGUGCCGUCCUCGACAACAGCAUCAUUCUGUACUCCCUCUCGUCCCUCGUGGAAAAAUCGUCACACAGGAACUACGCUCAGUGCUCCAUAUGCGAGAAACCGGUGGCGCUGAGGGACAUCGGUCCCCACGUUUUGCUGGUGGAUUUCUCGGACAAAUUGUUGAUCAGUUCGCGGCGGUUGCUCUACUCCGAGGGGAGAGGGUCGCUGCUGGGAGAAGGAAGCUUUGGAAAGGUGGUGAAGGGGACAUACGACAGUCAUCCCGUGGCGGUAAAGCUGUUCAGGAAAUAUCAGAGCUCAGAAUCUCUCUCCAGACAGUACAAGAGCCUCCGAGAAGAGGUCACCAUUUUGAGUCACCUCGACCACCCCAGGGUUGUGAAGCUGAUGGGGGUCAGCCUGCGACCCCUCUGUUUGGUGAUGGACCUCGCUCCCCAGGGGUCCCUCACUAAUCACCUCGACCUUUGCCCCCUGGGACUGAGCCACACGAUGGCCCACCGGACCCUCUAUCAGAUAGCCGAUGGUAUUAGCUACCUCCAUUCCCUGUACAUCAUUCACAGAGACAUCAAACCUGGCAAUAUCUUGGUCUGGUCUCUUGAUCCUGACAGAGGGGUGGAUGUCAGACUAGCCGACUACGGUGUCUCACAGUUCUCGACACCCUCGGGUCUGUGGAGACAGAGAGGAACUGAAGAGUACAUGGCUCCUGAACUCAGGGGAAGUCGCAACUCUGCUUACGAUGAAAAGGUGGACAUCUUCUCAUUUGCUCUCCUCCUCCACCUGAUCGUGACCGGCCGACGGCUGUUUGCCGGUGUCCUCAGUCGACGCGACCAGCUCCAAAUGAUCUACCACUCCGACCUCCCUCUCCUCAGUCACGCCCUCGCCAAAUCCAUCGAAGAAAACCGUCCGCGAUCCUCCGACCCUACCCUCCAGCACGUCUUUGAGAAGACGAGCGGAAAGCAUCCGGCCGCACGGAGAAACAUAGACUCCUCAGGUCACUCACAUCUGUAGUCAAUGCCGUCUGCCUGGAGCAGUGCUGGCAAGAAACCCGGCAAAUCGGCCGUCGGCACACGGGAUUGCGAGUCGUCUACUGGUGUGCCCGGGUGGACUACGACAGGCUCGGUUUUUCAUCCCCACCCCCGUUUCUUGGGCCGGGUACUGCAGCCAGGAGAACCACAUUGUCGCGAUGACCGAAAGGAGCAGCAGUGAUGGGGAGGAGGAAGCGAUGCUCGUUAUCCCGGGGGCGUGGCUGUAUCAUCACAAGCCCCUCCCCUACCAGGGUCAGAAGAUUACCUGCUGUGCCAUCGUGGGUGGUGAGGUGCUCAUGGGUCUCCUCUGUCAGCAACCUCAUCUUCUCGCUGAAACUCCCCACCCUCACUUCCGGCCACAUCUCCCCCGUUUUAUUACCCGGGGUUCCCCUCUGCAUCAUCCCCCAGGAGACUUCUCGGGGUUCAAAGGUCAUAGUGGGGAUGAGUGCAGCGAGAAUCGCAGUCUUCUCUCCUCCGGGGCGAGGGAGGCAUUUAUUGGAAACGCAACCAUUCAUCACCCAGAUGAUGGUGAACGCGAGUCCUGAAAAGACAAAGAUAUCGUGUGGAGUGCAUCACAAGAGAAUCAUUUGGUGUGGAUGUGGAAGAUAUCUAGUGGGGCUGGAUGCACAAGACUACAGCAUGACGAGUUAUAAACCUCUACUGAAGGACGUGGUGGAGACAAGCAUCUCUCAUUUAGUGUGUGCCCUCGGGCAGCUGUGGGCAUCCUUUGUUGGGCGAGCGGAGCUGGUUAUGUUUGAUACCAGUUGUGAGACACAGAGCUCCCAGCCUAUUGACUGCCAUCUAAUUCUGGGAGGAUGCUCAUCUCACGAGGCAAUCAUCACAGACUUGGUCUCCGGUGGGGAAGCCGUGUGGGCAUCCACCGAAGGCGGGCACGUGAUGACCUUUGACCCCAUUUCUGGCGAGGUUCUUCUCGUCCACCGUCGCUACU